AGGUCAGGAGGAAGGCGUCUCCUCUGCACUGCACCGCGUGAUGCCCACGUGACCCCACUGCUCAAAGUUUUGUCGUGUUUAUGAAGGAAAGAACACGUCAAAGGGACUAGACAUCAUUCUCAGAGUUGCUUUUAAAAUGCCAUGAGAGACUGUGAGAAAUGAAAUGAAAAAUAAGAAGCGCUGACAACUUUAUUUUAGCUGUAGCUGAGGAAAAAAAGGGAACAGAUUAAUUUUUAAGCGGAACAUGGCGGCGGAGCAGGACUCAAACACUGACUAUCAAAACACAGGAGUUGAGGAAAGUUUAAUCUCUUCGGGGGAAAUAGAUGGCCGACCCUCCAUUCACGACAAUAACGGACAAUUUCCAAGCAGUCCGGAGGAAGACGCGUUUACUCCCACCUCCGUAAUUUACUUUAAAGAAGCCCUGACUUCAGCUAGCAUCCAGUUUGCCAAGAAAGACUCGAAUCCUCCUGGCACGGUGAAGUAUGAGUUUCACAUCGAAACAACCAAGAAAACCAAAAAUCCCAAGGACCCCAUCGCCAUUGAGAGGCUUAACCUGAUGAACAUGGCCAAGCUGAGCAUCAAGGGCUUGAUUGAGUCAGCUCUAAACCUGGGCCGCACACUGGACUCGGACUACGCCCCACUGCAGCAAUUCUUCGUCGUGAUGGAGCACUGUCUUAAACACGGACUCAAAAGCAAGAAGACGUUCCUCGGGCAGAACAAGUCGUUUUGGGGUCCUCUGGAGCUAGUGGAGAAGUUGACUCCAGAAGCUGGUGAAAUCACAGCUAGUGUCAAAGACCUUCCUGGCCUCAAAACUCCUUUAGGAAGAGGCAGAGCAUGGCUGAGACUGGCCCUCAUGCAAAAGAAGCUCUCAGACUACAUGAAGACCAUCAUUAACAGAAAGGAUCUUUUAAGUGAGUUCUAUGAGCCCAAUGCUCUGAUGAUGGAGGAAGAGGGAGCUGUAAUUGCUGGACUGUUGGUGGGACUCAAUGUCAUUGAUGCAAAUUUGUGCAUGAAGGGAGAAGAUUUGGACUCUCAGGUUGGUGUGAUCGAUUUUUCCAUGUAUCUAAAAGAUGGAGGUCACAGCAGCAAGAGCACAGAGGGUGAUGGACAAAUCACAGCAAUCCUUGACCAGAAAAAUUAUGUUGAGGAGCUCAACAGACAUUUAAGUGCUUCUGUGAAUAACCUUCAAGCCAAAGUCGAUGCCCUUGAAAAGUCCAACACAAAACUUACAGAGGAGCUUGCAGUUGCAAACAACAGAAUCAUCACUUUGCAAGAGGAAGUAGAGCGGAUGAAGGAGGAAAGCUCUUACCUUGUGGAAUCCAAUCGCAAGUCAUUGAGACCAGAUGGAGCUGCAGACGGCCAAGUACUUGGGGAAACUCGCAAGCAGCUCAAAGAGGAAACUCAGCUCAGACUGGAUGUAGAGAAAGAGCUGGAGGUGCAGAUCGGGAUGAGACAGGAGAUGGAAUUGUCUAUGAAGAUGCUGGAGAAGGACAUUUGUGAGAAACACGAUGCGCUGGUGGAGCUCAGACAUCAGCUCGAUGAUCUGCGCAGAAUCAACCAUGAGCUCUCCCACAAGACCCAGAGCUCAGAGACCAGUGUGAAACAGAAGAGUGAGAUCAUCAGUCGCUUUGAAGAGAAAACAAACCAGAUGGCUGCCACUAUUAAACAACUGGAGCACAGAUCUAAACAGGCAGAGAAGCAGAGGGACCUGGCCGAGGAGGCGAACAGGCUCUUCAAGCAGGAGUUCGGAGACAAAAUUGCGAGUCUGCAGCAAGAAGUGGAGCAUUUACAAAAGCAGAGGAACAGUUUGGAGCAGGAGCUGAGGAAGGAGCGAGGGAGGCGGGGCAGUCAGCAUUCAGAUACCCUGCUGGGAAAAACCCCUCCGAACAGAGACAUGAGGCAACAAGUAGAGGACAUCAGAAAGGAGCUGGAAGCGGUCAAAAAAGAGAACGGCACACUUCGAAAUGUGUUAGAAGAGAAAACAAGUCUCGGUUCAAGUUUGUCACUUUCACAUGAAGAUGAACAGAACCAGCCACUUGAUGAAGAGCCAGAGCUGUCUAUCUGCUCAAAGUGCCAACAUUCGGAAGCUCUAAGCAAUCCUAAGCAGGAGUGUAAGAACUGCAGCGGAGUGUUCUGCAAGAACUGCAUGCUCAACGAAAUCCCCCUGCCAUCGUCCAUCACCCCAGAACGUGUGUGUGACGUGUGCUACUCCCAGCUACUGCAGCAGUACGCCUCAAGCCCAUCCUGAGUCACUUCUCUUCUUUCAGUAAAGAAUAUUCAAAACCGGAGCAGACCCGAUUUAAUCCAUGUUUAAGCUUUCAUCACCAGCAGUGAGGUUUUCUGUGUAGUUGUGCUUUUUUUCAAAAAGGGAGUGUUUGUGUUACUUAAUUCUUACGUUAUUUGCAUC